AUGUUCCUGCAAGUGCUAGCCGCCGCGGCUCUGCUCCUCCAAGUCUUCGCCUACGAGCGGCUUCCCUGGCACCAGUACUACAAGCCUUCCUUGCAGAGAUGGGAGCCGGCAAGCAGUGGAAGACCAGCACGAACCCGGGCCGGGUACGGGAGGUACAGGAUGGUCCCAGGAGGUGCAGAGCUAACCUGCCAGUUUCCCUCAAAUUACAACAUAAUUUCGAACAUCAUCUGGGAGCGGGCCGACAUGGGCGCCCUGAAGAGCCUGGACGAGCUGUACAAGAGGGCCGGCGAAGAGCAGGAGUACCGAGUGGUGUCCUGGAGGAGCGGCUCGCGGCUCCAGCUGAGGGCCCCCGGCUUGCUGGCCCGCGGCCUCUACAGGUGCAUCGCCACCGCCGCCGGCCCCGACCACCGCCGCCACCUCACCCUCUUCCAGGACGUCCCGUUCUAUCCCGCCGUAGGGUCUGGUUGGCGAUCAGGUCACGUAAACGGACGUUGUUGUAGGAGCCUCAGUUAUGACGAUUUCAGUCACCAGUCAGCAUAUGUGUUGGAGUCAUUGCUAUAUUAUGACUGA